UGAGUGGGAGGGUCAGUUAGUGCGACUAAUAAGGACACGCUUUCCUCCAUGAGCUUCCAUUCUCACUUUUUACCUCCAAGUGUGUGUUCAGGACCGAAGGCGCGUUUAAAAUAGCGCUUCCAGAGGCUUCGGGAAAAAACUUUCUCAGUAGAUUUAUUCAAAUACACCAUUUUCAUGGUCAAGAAGAAAUGAGUCACUGGCUAAAAUGGAUUUUCUUCUGGAUAGUAAAUGCCAUUCCUUUUACUUUUGGCAUGGCAGUAAAUGAUAAAAUAGGUCAUUUGUGCCCUCUUUUAAAACUGGAGAAAAGGUGGUAUGCCCAUAUGAAUGAAGGUCGUGAGUUUACAGGAUUUGAUUUGGCAGAAAAGUUUGUUCUUCGUAAGGGAACAAGUACAGAUGACAGACCUUUUUUCAGACUAGGCAGCAAGCCCCUGGUUAAAGCCACAGAGUUGGCGUUCGCGAGUGGGCUGUCUCAUGAAUACUCCCUGGUAACUACAUUCCGUCUCAGAAAAACUACAAAGAAGGAUCGAUGGUUUCUUUGGCAGCUCUUAGAUCAGGCUGGAGAAUCACAAAUAUCACUAAUCGUGGAUGGGGCUAAAAAGGUGGUUGAGUUUUCAGCCGUGGGCUUUCUGAAAAACAAACUCCACUAUGUAUUCAAAAGCCGGAAUCUGCAUGUCCUCUUUGACCGCCAGUGGCAUAAGUUUGCGGUGUCAAUACGAAGCAGCAGUGUUGCAGUCUACAUAGACUGUAAGCUGAUUGAGACACGUCUGACUGGAGUUAGAGAUGCAGUAGACUUGGAUGGAAGUGCACUUAUCACUACUAGGGUGGAGGAUGGACGACCAGUGGACAUUGAGCUUCAGGAGAUUCUGAUCUUUUGUGAUCCCCAUGUGGCAGAAGAGGCGAAUUGCUGUGAUAAACCUGGAGCCAUUUGUGGUGUUAGAGAAAUCCAUGCUCCUACAGCUUCCCCAUUGCUCACGGGUUACCAGCACCAAACCCAACAGCCCACAGUGUUACUGUCCACACCAACCCAACAGCCUGCUGAUCAAUGCCAGUGUUGGGCAGAGAAGGGAGAGCCUGGUCAUCAAGGUGUGCCUGGACUUCCUGGAGCUAAAGGAGAUAAAGGAGAGAAGGGGGAUUCAGGAAUUAAUGGGUAUCCUGGUAUUCCUGGGGAGAAGGGUGACAUGGGCAUUGCUGGCAUGCCCGGCUUAGACGGUCAUCCGGGAAAUAAGGGUGAGCCUGGGUCAGCUGGAGAGCAAGGGAUUGAUGGUGAAAAGGGUGAAAAGGGAGCUAGAGGAGAAACUGGUCCCAUGGGAAUACCUGGACUGGAUGGUUUGAAAGGAGACCCAGGACCUGAGGGCCGACUUGGACAGAAAGGUGAUAAAGGAGAUGCAGGUCCACCAGGGAUUUCUAAUAUAAAAGAAUGUCAAAAAGGAGACCAGGGUCCCCCGGGUGUUGCUGGAGAAAAGGGAGAAGCUGGGUUACCUGGUCCACCGGGAGCCCCAGGAAAAGAGGGCAAAAGGGGACGCAGAGGGGGGCCUGGUAUUCCAGGACCACCAGGACCCCCUGGAUUAUCUGAAGGUGGAGGCAUCAAGGGGGAGAAAGGAGACCCAGGUGUAAUGGGAGAGAUAGGACAAAAGGGGGAGAAAGGAGAUGCAGGUCAGCCUGGUCAAGAAGGUGCCCUUGGUACUAAAGGACAGAAGGGUGAAGUUGGCCCCAGAGGACCCCCAGGCCCAGUGAUGACAGCGCAUGGGCUCAGACACCUCUCUGUACCAAGUGAAGCAGGGGAAAAGGGUGAGAAAGGGGAAAAGGGAGACCUGGGUGAAAAAGGCAUUCCUGGACUGCCAGGUGUCAAGGGAAAUGAUGGAUUGCCAGGACAAAUGGGAAAGCCAGGUCCGCAGGGCAAAGAAGGACUACCAGGCCCUGCUGGACAUCAAGGUCUUCCUGGAGAUAAGGGUUUAGUAGGAGAGCCAGGACCAUCAGGGAGAGAUGGAGAGAAAGGACAGAAGGGAGAUGCUGGUGGAAUCCAAGGGCCACCUGGCCCAAAAGGUCCCAAAGGCGAGCCUGGAGUUGGAGCACUUGGUUAUACUGUAGAGGUAGUACCUGGGCCAAGAGGAUCAAGAGGGCCAAAGGGAGAGAGAGGUUUGCCAGGGAUACCAGGAGAGCCCGGAGAAAAGGGAGAACCUGGUGUGGGAUUUCAUGGUCCAGCUGGGAUGAUGGGACCAAAAGGGGAGCCAGGAAUAGAGGGUCCUCGUGGCCCUCCAGGUUUGCAAGGUCCUCCUGGAGCCCCAGGAAUCCAGGGACCCCCAGGUCGUGAAGGCAGACCAGGACCUCCUGGUGAACCAGCAGCAUUGCCGAUUGUUGGAGAUAUUGGCUCACAUCUGAAGAAUGCCUGCAGUUUGUGCCACACCAGAAUUCCAGGAUUACCUGGACAGAAAGGGGAAAAGGGAACACCUGGAGCUCCUGGUGAAGACGGUGUUCAAGGAGUCAAAGGUGAUCAGGGUCUGAGAGGUCCAGUUGGUAAUCCAGGAAAAGAGGGUCCUAAGGGUGUGAAGGGAGAAAGGGGGUUUCCUGGCCCAGCUGGGGACAAAGGUGAUGAGGGUUCUCCAGGCGUGCCAGGACUCAAGGGGGAAACAGGCCGAACUGGCCCUCCUGGUCCCAUUGGCAGACCUGGAAUUUCAGGACCAGCUGGACCCAAGGGGGAACAGGGCAGCAAGGGUCCACCUGGCAGGCCUGGACUUCCUGGACCUCCUGGUGCCCCCUAUGUGGAUGGGAAUGGAAUGAGCAGUCUAUAUAAGCUUCAGAAUGGUGGACACCCAGGACCACCAGGACCUCCGGGGCCCAAAGGAGAUAAAGGGGACGUAGGUGAACCAGGUCCAAUGGGAUUGCCAGGCUUUGAAGGACUGCCUGGCUCUAAAGGAGACCCUGGCAUACCUGGUCCACCUGGAGUCCAAGGCCCUAUUGGGAAACCUGGUACCAGUGGUGAGCCAGGAAUUCCAGGAGAACCAGGAGUGCGAGGGCCUGUGGGAGAGACAGGUUUCCCUGGACCUGAAGGACCUCCAGGUGUACCUGGUAGGUCUGGAAAAGAUGGAAUUCCCGGAUAUGAGGGACCAGCUGGCAGACCUGGUGAUAGAGGUUCCAAAGGAGAGCGGGGUGAUCCUGGGAUCCCUGGAGAGAGAGGUGUUCAGGGCGAGAGGGGCCGACCUGGAGAAAGAGGGCUUUCUGGGCCUCCAGGUAUUCCUGGUGAGAAAGGACAUCCUGGUCAACCUGGUGUAGGUUCACUGCUGAAUGAUUACAACACCAUGAAGGAAAUUAAACUGUUCAUUCAAAAUGAAGUAUUGCGUUUGUUUGAAGAAAGGUUAUCGAGUUACACCAUGGUGGAAAAGGUGCCAGCAGCAAUAUUGGCUGCACAUGGUUAUCAAGGUCCCCCAGGUCCCCCUGGGAAUGAUGGGUCUCCAGGGCCUCCUGGAGAGCCAGGACCUCCAGGCCCUCAAGGGAACCAUUAUAUGAGGCUGAAGGCUAUCGGGGACAGAAAGGGGAGAGAGGUCAAAUAGGCCUGGGAAUCUUAGGUGCACCAGGCCCUGCAGGCCCACCAGGUCCACCUGGAAUAGGACACCCAGGGCCUCAGGGCCCACAGGGAAAGUGCGAACCAAAUGACUGCACCCAUGCUUUACCCCACACCAACCAGGAUAUCUAGAGUCCAUUCUGUAGCUUUUUAUCCAAAGUUUUUUACACAAACAACAAAUGCCCAACUCUUAUUCAGUGUAAACCAGCAGCCACUAACAAGAAAAAAAGCAUAUCUUCCUUGAUGUGCUGCCAGAUCUGGGGCUGCAUUGUUGUCAUUUACAGAAAUGAUUCAUUCAUUCAUUAUUUUACAAUCAUCAUUGCACAUCUGUUUCUGUUUAUAAAUACUAUACAUUUUCUCUUAUGUGUGACCAAAUUUAUUACAUACUAGACAGUUAUUCUCAGGGUUUGUGGGGGGGGCAUAUUCAUGCUAGGUUCUUAAAUUCAUAAAUUCUUCUUUACCUCAGCUUUUUGUGCAAGACAGACAAAAUAGAUCAGGUGUGAUGGGUUAAGUUUUUUAAUAGACAGGUGUGAUGAAAUUACAGAACAUUGAUAGAACAUAAAUAUAAUAAUACAUACUGUGUAAAGAUCAACGUUGGUUUAGUCUAAAGUAUGAAAGUUUUUUUUAUCUUAUGUUGAGUUCCGGCCAGAGUAUUUGGGAAGGGCGCUAUUCUUGUUCAUGAAGAAAGGGAUUUAUUUUUUACUUGUUUGUUUGUUUGUUUGUUUGUUUACUUUAUUUAUUAGUUGUUUCUGUAAAUAUGGUGGCGAUUGAUUAAACUUUUUUUCCAUCUGUGGAUUUUUACUGCUUUCAGUGUGAUGGAAUCUGAUAUUAACUGCAUCCUGAAAUGGUAAAACAACAAACAAAAAAUAAUAUGCAACUAAACUACACAUUACAGUAGGUUAAAAAAAGUUUGGUUUAUUUCUGUGUUUAAAAUGUGCGGAAGGGGGAUGCAUUUAUUGUUUACAAUUGAACUAAAUCUUCCCACCAGCUAUUACAUUUGAUUUAAUUCAUGCUUUAUGUAUAUUUUGAUUAGGAUGUUUUAAAUGCAAAUAGUAUAUAAUUGAUGAUUUUCUAUAAUGCAUUUUAUUAUUUUACAGUAUUUAUAAUUUUUUGUCUUUUCAAGGAUGGUCUUUCCACACAAUUAAGAAUAAAGAAAAUCCAUCCUUAUCUUCACAGUUCAAUGUUUUUCAAAUGCUGUACAAUUUUUACUGCAUUCGAGAUGUUUCUAUGCAAAGUGAUUCAUUAUUUAUUAGUGUUUUGAUUUUGCAAGGGUUGUUUUUUUGCCAAUUAAAAAAGCCCCUU